AUGACUGAUCCCUACCCUAAUUAUUUGAAUGGAGGAUGGUUCAAUCUCCAGUACCCUAAUAAUCACUUGUUUUCUUCCACUUAUCCUUACAAUCUUAAUUAUUCCACAAGUUUUAACAACAUUUCUGUGUCCCAAUCCUCGCCCCCAUCUCCACCAAUCAGAGAAGCUCUUCCACUACUGAGUUUAAGCCCAACAAAGAGAAGUACAGUUCAAGAACAAGAUUCAUCAUCUUGCAGUACUGCAAUGGAAAUGGACAAGAUCAUGACCAAGAACGUCAAUGAAGAAAGUUUUAUGAUGGAUGCUGAUGAUGAAACUGUAACUGUUGAUUUGAAUUUAGGGCUUCCUACACCAGAUGCAGCUGAUCUGAUCUCAGGGCUUUCGUCUUCUUCAAGCACCAACAAGGAUCAAGAAGUUACUGUGGCUAAUGGAUAUGGCACUAGCCCUAUUAACAAGGGUCAGUAUUGGAUCCCAACCCCGGCCCAGAUUUUGAUUGGCCCUACUCAGUUUUCAUGCCCUCUUUGCUACAAGACCUUCAAUAGAUACAAUAACAUGCAGAUGCAUAUGUGGGGGCAUGGAUCUCAGUAUAGAAAAGGACCAGAAUCUCUAAGGGGUAUACAGCCAACAGCUAUGCUUAGGCUCCCCUGCUAUUGCUGUGCACCAGAUUGCAGGAACAACAUUGAUCACCCAAGAGCAAAACCCCUCAAAGAUUUCAGGACCCUUCAAACUCACUACAAAAGAAAGCAUGGGAUUAAGGCAUUUAUGUGCAGGAAAUGUGGAAAAGCCUUUGCUGUGAGGGGUGAUUGGAGAACCCAUGAGAAGAAUUGUGGGAAAUUAUGGUAUUGCACUUGUGGCUCUGAUUUUAAGCAUAAAAGGUCUCUUAAGGAUCAUAUCAAGGCAUUUGGCAAUGGCCAUGCGGCUUAUGGUUUUGAUUGCUUUGAAGAAGAGGAUGAACCAGCAUCUGAAAUUGAGCAAGACAAUGAGUCCUCUCAGUAA